AUGUUCUCAUACUAUGUUGGUGACUUACACAAAGCUGUGACAGAGGAGAUUUUACUACUGUUUUUUUCUCAGUUUAGCUCGGUUGAUUCAGUGAGGGUAUGCGUGGAUACAUUCACCAGUUUAUCUAAAGGAUACGGCUACGUAAACUUUACAAACCAAAUCGAGGCGGAAGCGGCCAUCAAAUUACUCAACUAUACCUGCCUCAUGGGCCAAGAGAUUCGUAUAAUGCCCGCAAUUCAUGAUAAGAAUAAACGAGAGGCAACCGGCUGUAACCUCUUCAUAUCAAACCUACCGUCAAGUUUUACUUCACGGAAACUAUUCGAAUAUUUUUCUCAUCAUGGUGAUAUUCUUACCUGCAAGUUUGAUGAGAAAAAACGUCAUGGGUUUGUUAGCUAUUCGGACCCCCAAGUAGCGCAGAGAGUCAUAGGGAGGUGUAACGGGGUCGAGAUUGAGGGACAUCAAGUAUACGUGGGAACCCAUGUUCAGAAAGCAAAGAGGAUUAGCACAACACGGACUCACUUUUCCAAGGAAAGGGGAGACGAGCCCAAAGUGUUUGUGAAGAAUCUUCCCUUGGAUGUCAGUGAGACUACGUUGAGGAGAGUGUUUGGGUCGUUUGGGGAUAUUCGGACAAUUCAUUUCCAUCCAGUACCUAAGUUCAAUGCUUGUUGGGCACUUGUUGUAUAUAGCGAGGCUACUUCAGCCGAAG